UUAAAUUUACAGGCAGCGGACCAGUUUAUAAUAACUUGCAUCUACUGGCGUCUGUUAGUGUUUUCCCAUGUGUUUCACAUUAGAGACAUAGGACGCGUCUAAAUAUCAGUGUUGUUCAUUUUGUAAAGGUUGAAUAAUGGUGGUUAUGGAGGAAAGCCUGAGAACAAUGACCAGGGUCUUCAGGAGAGAAUGUCACAGGGUGUUAGACUCUGAGAGGACCACCAUCCAAGGGGCUGAUGGGAUGCUGAUGGUCCUACAACUUGCUAUGGCUGGGGUCAACAAGCAGGAACAUGGGGACUUUGGUGUUGCUUUGAGUGAAGUCUUGGCUGCCUGGAAAUACUUCCUCCUGGACAAGCUCCAGCUAUCCCACAACGAUAUCCCUCUUCCACAGAACUAUGACCUCAUCCGAAAAGAGUAUGACUGCUUUUUGAAACGCACCAAUACUGUGGACUUGAUUGACGUCUUCAUUAUGUUCAAGGAGCUUCGGAUAAAUGGGGACCCCGAGGAGCCCCUAACCGCGAUGCAACUGUUUCAGUCUCUCAUUGGUGAAAAGGAGAGUUUGGAGAAAAUGGAUCCACUUCCUGUGUGUCCCGCAACUCCAUCUAACAAGGCUGGAAUCUGCAGUCCACAGAUACAGAGAGUUGUCAGGAGAGUUUUCUGUUCUUAUUUGGGCCUUCUGGUGAACUCUAAGAAUGACAUGGCUCUCGCAUACACCCUGGACAACCCAAAUCGCUCUCUGGGUCACAGCGCCUUUACUGACCUUAGACAUGCUGCCUGCGACAGUGCCUCGUCUCUCUUCCUGAGAGAAGCUGGAUCCAAGCUGGUGUCUAGUAUUAGAGCUGCUCUGGUCAAAGGCCGCAGUAAUGGAGACCCAGUGUACCUUGCAGCAGAGGAUACAGUCAAAAGUCUCAAGGAAAGAAUCCGUCAAAUACACACCAUGCAGACGCAUUCAGCGGUUGGCACAGGAAUCAGUCCAGCAAGGCCCAAAGCAUAUGCUAUUAACCACUCCACUGCCUAUGGGGGCCGAGAGACCGUGAAGGUUCUAAUGACUCUUUUGGAUGAAGAAGCACUAGCACCGCCCUGCAGGAACAAGGCGGAACUGCUCUCUGAAGAUCAUGCCGUUCUUAAUGGCAGCUCUGGAGCGUGUCUUCUUUCCCUUUACAAAUCUCCAGAAGCUCCCACAGGAUCUUCUCCAAAGCCUUUACGGAACUGCGUCUUGAGCCAACAAGAACACAUCAAGUCCAAGGUUGUGCGGCCAACUGUCCGCUCUCAGUUUGCAUGUACAUACAAGGAUGAGAUGCCCCUCAACCGGGUGUUGGAGUUUCCCAGCACCAGCCAACUUCCCGCCUGUGUGCACCCUGCACCCAAAAAACCAAUCUCUUUACAUGUGACUGUGGAGCAAGAGUCUGACCCCACUGGGAUGGACAUCAGUCUCAAAGAUAUGGACCCAGAGGCCACUAACUUAAGGCAUGAAGGUCCCGGCCAAUCCGCUCUGGGGGAACAUAGUGGAAAUGCUUGGAACCGAGCAGGUGGGAAGGGGACCCAGCCAGAACAGCUCAGAAGAGCAACCGGGACCUCAAAGAGAAAGCUCGCCAAUAGAGACUGCGGGAAUGUGUGCUUCGCUCCACCAGGUUACAUGACAGAUCUUCAGUUUCAGCGCUGUAAAAUAAACACACCGCCUGUUAAAGUGCAGACUAACGUCAGCAAUUUCAUCGUAACCUUUUCUACCCUUCCGUCCUCAUCCCUCCCUCCUCUUUUAUUCCUGCUCAUUGUUUCACCUUAUUCUCAAAGUCCAAUGCUUUUUCUUUUGUCCCCCCUUUCUUGUUUUUCUGUGGAUAUGGACCCAGAGGCCACUAACUUAAGGCAUGAAGGUCCCGGCCAAUCCGCUCUGGGGGAACAUAGUGGAAAUGCUUGGAACCGAGCAGGUGGGAAGGGGACCCAGCCAGAACAGCUCAGAAGAGCAACCGGGACCUCAAAGAGAAAGCUCGCCAAUAGAGACUGCACUGAGCAAGGAAGAGAAGAGAACCAGCCCCCUCAGAAAAGACCCCCUACCAAGGCUCCCGCUGGAGGCCCGGGGAAGAGGAACGUCAAAGCUGCUGGCAAGAAGCUUAUCGCUGGUCAGGGCAAACUCACCAGCUUUUUCAGACUGUAA